CUCCAACUCACAGUACACAGGCAGUCUCUCAGUUUUCCAUUAGCCCUGCUUGUCCUCUCUCCAAGGGACAUCAACCAUGAAGCUCCUUCUCCUUGCCUUUGCCAUUGUCUCAUUUCUGGCACAGAGAACCCAAGGUGGUUGGGGAGAAAAAAAAUGCUUCAAUAACACGGGGCGCUGUCGGGCUAGCUGCAAGACUAAGGAGAAGGAGCAUACUACGUGCGAUAAUAAGAAAAAGUGCUGUGUGCCCUCUGACAAAGUGCCGAAGGAUGCCUCAGAUUCGUCCGCGUCGGGCACGACUGCCACAGCACCUCCCAAAGCCGGAGCCUUGACCACCCAAGCAGCUGCAGCUGCAGCUGCCCAGCCACCAGCUCCUGCCCGCAGCUCCUGCAGCCACAGCCACCCCAGCAGCCUGGCCACACGCCCUUACCACCGCCGCCCCAUAGCAGGAGAGGUGAAUAGAGUGAAA